CGACCUUAAAUGUAUCAUUGCCGCGUCCGUAAUUUUGAUCAGUAACCAGUCUAGUGAAGAUGGCCGAAAACAAUGGCAGUGGUUAUUGAGCUAACUUUGCAUUCUCUUGCUACUUGUCAACAAAGAAGUUAUCUUUAAUUAAAAAGUAACUGAAGCACACAACAUAGUCAUACAUAUAUAUUAUGGCAACUGCUAUUCAGAAGAAUGGCGUGAAACCUUUAACAAAUUCAUCAAUAAAUCAUGUAGAAGAUGUAAAUAAUUUAGACAAUACAGACAUAUGCAAAGAUGAACAAGAUGGAAGACUAUUUGAUAGACAGAUUCAGCCAUACAUGGAUACCCCUGAACAAGAACCUCGUGAAUUGGAUAUUGUUAUCAAUAAUGUAGUUUGCAGCUUUAGUGUUAGGUGUCAUUUAAAUUUACGAGAAAUUGCACUCAAUGGAUCGAACGUGGAAUACAGAAGAGAAAAUGGGAUGAUAACUAUGAAACUGAGGAGACCUUAUACCACUGCUUCUAUAUGGUCUUCUGGUAAAGUGACAUGUACUGGUGCGACUAGUGAAGUUCAAGCAAAGAUAGCAGCUCGUCGAUUUGCUCGUUCACUUCAGAAACUUGGAUUUAAAGUGCGAUUUAAUAAUUAUAGAGUAGUUAAUGUAUUAGGUACAUGUUGCAUGCCAUUUGCAAUCAAGAUAACAUCAUUUUCAUUGUACCAUAAAGAAAAUGCAGAUUACGAACCAGAAUUACAUCCUGGUGUUACAUAUAAGUUAAAAGAACCAAAAGCUACACUGAAGAUAUUUUCUACAGGUAGCGUCACUGUAACAGCUCCUAAUGUUGCUGCUGUUCAAGCAGCAAUCGAAUAUAUUUAUCCACUAGUCUAUGAAUUUCGUAAGGAAAGAACAGCAGAAGACGAACUUGCCUUAACUACAAAAAAGCGAAAAUCGGGACUAAAUAAAAGAAAUCGUGAUAAGUUCCUAAAUGAUCCAGAGUAUAUAUAUGAUACGAUGUUUUCGGAUGAAGAAGACGAGGAAGAAGAAGAGGUUGAGAGUGAUGCCAGUUGGGACUGAGCUGCUUACUUUGUUGCUGCUCUUCUGUUAAUUGUGAAACUGUUAUGUCUUGUUCUUGAAAAAAUAGAUACUGCUUUGUGUACAAAAGUGUUAUUAUAAAGAGUGAAGUGAAAGGUUCGUUUUCUCUUUGUGAAAAAACAAUGUGUGAGUGCUAGAGACAAAUAAGUAUGCAUAAGUACUUUAAUUAUAGUUGCGCUAACAUUAAAUCAACUGAACUGAAUUUCAUUAUCGUAACACAAUUUUGUUAUAAUUUACUUUCGUUAAUGAUAAUACAUACAUCAGUACAUAGAUAUAUUCAUAUAUGUGCAUGCAUGUAUCUAUGUACGUAUAAAUGUUAGAUGUAAAAAACAAUGUUAAACACGUAAUCAUUUUGUUUAGGAA